UGCGCUGCGCCCAUGAAGAAGACCAACAUGUGGUUCCUGGAGCGGCUCCGGGGGAGCGGGGAGAACGGCGCGGCGGGGGGCGAGGCGGGCGACAAGGCCUCCAAGGGGCCCCUGUACAGCAACGUGCUCACGCCCGACAAGAUCCCCGACUUCUUCAUCCCCCCGAAGCUGCCGGCCGGCCCCGCGGAGCCCGAAGCGCCGGCGGAGCAGAGCGCGGCCCCGGCCGCCGCCGCGGACCCGCCGCCGGCCUCGGCCUCGCCCCGCCGCGCCCCGCGCAGCCCGCGGCUGCCCGCCAAGCUGGCGGCCGAGAGCCGCAGCCUGCUGAAGGCGGCCACGCGGCACGUGAUCCAGAUCGAGAGCGCCGAGGACUGGCCGGCCGAGGAGGGGGCCGCCACCAACGCCGACCCGCAGGCGCAGGGGGCCAUGUCGCUGCCCUCCGUGCCCAAGGCGCACACGUCCUACGGCUUCGCCACGCUGGCCGAGAGCCCGCACACGCGGCGCAAGGAGUCGCUGUUCCACAGCGAGCACGGGGCGCUGGCGCAGGUGGGCUCCCCCGGGGCGCGGCGGCGCGCGGGGGCCGGCCGGGCGGACGGCAGCGGCGGCGGCGGGGGCGCGCUCAUGAGCCCCAGCCGCUACUUCAGCGGCGGCGAGAGCGACACGGGCUCCUCGGCCGAGUCCUCGCCGUUCGGGUCCCCGCUGCUCUCGCGCUCCGUGUCGCUGCUCAAAGGCUUCGCGCAGGACAGCCAGGCCAAGGUGAGCCAGCUCAAGCACUCGGUGGGCCGCCACGGCUCGCUGUCGGCGGACGACAGCACCCCGGACACCAGCCCCGGAGCGCGGCGCCGCCUGACGCGCAGGGCCGCCGCCGCCGCCCCGGAGCCGGGGGGCGCCGCCGCCGGGGAGCCGGGCCCCGGGCCCCGCGCGGAGCACGCGGUGCGCAUGGGCCCGCGGGGCAGCGUGCGGCUGCUGGCCGAGUACGAGGCGGCGCAGGCGCGGCUGCGGGUGCGGCUGCUGGCCGCCGAGGGCCUGUACGACCACCUGUGCGACGCCCGGAGCAUCAACUGCUGCGUGGGCCUCUGCCUGGUGCCCGGGAAGCUGCAGAAGCAGCGCAGCACCAUCAUCAAGAACAGCCGCCACCCCGUCUUCAACGAGGACUUCUUCUUCGACGGCCUGGGCCCGGCCAGCGCCCGCAAGCUGGCGCUCAGGAUCAAGGUGGUCAACAAGGGCAGCAGCCUCAAGCGGGACACGCUGCUGGGGGAGAAGGAGCUGCCCCUGACCUCCCUGCUGCCCUUCUUGUAAAGGCCCCGGGCCAACGGCUCUCCGAGCCUCCCUCCCUCCCGCCCGCAGGUUCCCCGGGGGAGACCCACCCC